AUCGCGGGGUCUGGCGAUCGGAGGAAGCCGUGCCAGCGCGGAGCCCAGCGGGAACCCGCGGCCCCGGUGAGCGCCAGCCCCGAGCGCUCCCGGCUGGCACGGUCCGAGUCCGGCGUUUCCUGGCCGGACGGCGCGCCGGCGCCUUCUGCUCCCUCCCGGCCUGAGACGCGCCCCCUCUCGACCGCGUUCCGGCGGCGGAGGCGCCAGAAGGAACCGGGGAUCCCGGGGAGCGCGGCCCCGACCCCGCGCCCGCCAUGCGCCUCAACGGCUCGGCGCCUGGCCCCCAGGUCGCCCCAGCCGGCGACCCCCUCUCGCGGCCCCCGUCGGGGCUGGAGGCGGCGCUCCUGGCUCCCGGCUUCGGCAACAGCUCGGGCAACGCGUCGGAGCCCGUGCAAGCGCCCAGCAGCGACCUGGACGUGAACACGGACACUUACUCCAAGGUGCUGGUGACCACUGUGUACCUGGUGCUCUUCGUCGUGGGCACGGUGGGCAAUUCGGUGACGGCGUUCACCCUGGCGCGCAAGAAGUCCCUGCAGAACCUGCAGGGCACCGUGCACUACCACCUGGGCAGCCUGGCGCUGUCUGACCUGCUCAUCCUGCUGCUGGCCAUGCCCGUGGAGCUGUACAACUUUAUCUGGGUGCACCACCCCUGGGCCUUCGGCGACGCCGUGUGCCGGGGCUACUACUUCCUCCGAGACGCCUGCACCUACGCCACAGCCCUCAACGUGGCCAGCCUGAGCGUGGAGCGCUACCUGGCCAUCUGCCACCCCUUCAAGGCCAAGACCCUCAUGUCCCGCAGCCGCACCAAGAAAUUCAUCAGCGCCAUCUGGCUGGCCUCUGGCCUCCUGGCCCUGCCCAUGCUCUUCACCAUGGGCCAGCAGAACCGCAGCGCCGACGGCCAGCACCCCGGCGGCCUGGUGUGCACGCCCAUCGUGGGCACAGCCACAGUCAAGGUCGUCAUUGAGGUCAACGCCUUCACGUCCUUCGUGAUCCCCAUGGGGGUCGUCUCCGUCCUGAACACGGUCAUCGCCAACAAGCUGACGGUCAUGGUCCGCCAGGCAGCCGAGCAGGGCCCCGCGUGCAGGGGCGGGGACCCGCGCCGCUCCUUCAGCAUGGCCAUCGAGCCCGGCCGGGUGCAGGCCCUGCGGCACGGCGUCCGGGUCUUACGUGCCGUGGUCAUCGCCUUCGUGGUCUGCUGGCUGCCCUACCACGCGCGGCGCCUCAUGUUCUGCUACAUUUCCGACGAGCAGUGGACCCCGUUCCUCUUCGACUUCUACCACUACUUCUACAUGCUCAGCAACGCGCUCUUCUACGUCAGCUCCGCCAUCAACCCGGUCCUCUACAACCUCGUCUCCGCCAGCUUCCGCCAGGCCUUCCUGGCCACCCUGGCCUGCCUCUGUCCCCUGUGGGGGCGCCGGAGGAAGCGGCCAGCCCUCUCCAGGAAGACCAACAGUGUGUCCAGCAACCACACCUUCUCCAGCAACGUCACCCGGGAAACGCUGUACUAGGGUGGGGGGGGGCACUCAGAGAGGGGCUGCCGCUGGCCUCCAGCCGUCCUGGGAGCUGCUCCUCCCUCUCCCCCCUCGCCUCCCCUGCGCCCGCCUCGAUCUCCCCUUUGAAAGCCAGAGACAGCUCGAGCCUCUCCCAGCCCGAAAAGGGCCUUAAUGGGGAGAACUCAGUGUUAGGUGAAAGGCAGUCGUCUUUGUUCUCAGACUAAUGGAUGUUUAGAGAGAAAAGGACUGAAAGCAGCAGGUCGGGCCGGGCCCUGGGCAGCCGGGCAGCCGUCGGGAGGGGGCGACCCUGGGAGCCGGCGCUGGGUGGAGGCCAGCCGGCAGGACCCCGCUGUCCUGGCACCAGAGGGCCUCCGUCGCGCCUCCAGGCACUCAGGACCCCGUGGGCCCCUCUCCAGCUCUGCCAGGGCAGGUCCUAGGAAGCUUUGAUGUGGCAAGAGGACAGGGAGGGGUCAGCCCGGCCCCGGGCCGCCCCCUCCCCGCCGCUCCUCCCCAGGCCAAGGCAGCCAGGGCUCGGCACAGAUGCCACUGCAGGGCCGUUCGGCCGAGGAGCCCUCCAUCCCGGCUCUGCGGACACAAGGCCAGGUCGGCGGGGUCCCAGUGGCCAGACCAGUGACGUCCCACGUGCUCUCACUCCCCCUGUCCGGCUGAGCUCCUGCCGCUGCAGUGGAUGCCCUGCAGCAGAGGGGAGUCACGAGAGAUGCCAGCCGUGGGGCCUGGGCUGCAGGCAAGAAGGAGGCGUUCUGGGCACCCAGAAGGGCAGAUGCCCCCUGGAACUCUGGGGGCUGGUCUCCAGACAGGAUGGCCCCGGGAAGGCGGGUCCCUGGGGAGCUGCCCCAGACCAGCUGGGACACUGCGUGGCCGGAGCCAGAAGUGAGACGCAGACCUUUUAAGCAGGUCCUCCCUGGGCCUGGGGCGGGCCCGCCAGAAGGGAGACAGGCGGGCAGACGGGCAGAGGACCUGCGUGGAUGGCGGUGACCUGGGCCUGGUCUGGGGUCGGCCAGGACUCAGUCCCCCACCCAGGAUGCUACAGCAUCCGUGGUCCAUGGUCCCUUCGGAUCUGGGCCCUGAUGUGAGCACUAUGUGACUUGCAUCCCCAAAGUCCUCCUCCAGGCUGUUCACCAAGAGCGGGGCAGGCAGUCUGCCCCUGACCCCGUGGCCACAACACGGGGCUGAGGUUGCUCAGAGCUCCCCAUGAGCUUCGGCUCUGGAUGGGAGAGCAGGGAGCCCAGCGGAGAGGCUGAGGUCAGCCAGCCCUGGCCCUCAGGGCCGCCCUGCCGUCCCUGGACCCCGGGCACAGUGCGAUUCCCACGCGCCUCGGCUUCCCCAGGCGCCCGAGAUGUAGGCGUGGUCACUACACCCACUCGGCCAGGCCUGGACGUGGCGGCCCCGGAGGUGGGGGCAGGGUGGACAUGGGGCGAGAUGCCCACCACCCAGACCCUCCUGUCGGCCCACUUCACAUCCGUGGGGACCCAUGUCUACGCCCUGCCGGACCCCCCCCCAGGCCUCCCCAGCUCUGGCCGCAUCUCCCUGGAACCCCAGAGGCCGGCUCUGUGUGCCGUGUGUGUCUGGUCUCAGGGUCCAGCGCCCGUGUGGCUGGUCAGCGGUGAUGCCGAAACCCCGUGAUGUACACUGACCCCAGCGGCCCUCACGUCCCACAGCGACACUCAGUAAAGGAAUGAAGGCGACUGGACCCGGCUCCCCAGGAGGCCAUGGGCCGCGUGCAGCCGUCACUCAGCAGACAGCCCUCUGCCGGCCCCUUUGCCAACACGCAUGCACUCUGCCCCGUUCCCCGGGGACCGGGCAGGAUGCGCCAGCUCAGGCCCUGCCCCCCUGAGCUUUGAGAAGCAGCUGGUGCAGGACACGGGGCCCCAGGGCUCAGGGUCCUGAUCUGUGGCCUGGGCACGGGCAAGGCCCAGCGAAGGUGGGGACCAGGGUCCUGUGACUCUGGGGCGUCCCCUCCCACCAGCCCAAGGAGCCGAGGGGCCCCGGAGGCCAACAGGUGGGGAGCCGGGCCAGGGAGGGCCGUCAGCCUGUCCUCCCACCCAGCGGCCCUGUCUGGAAUCUCCCACCAGCAGGAGAGGCGUCCCGGCCUCCUCCUUCCCCCGCCCCAUCUCAAUGCAGCAGCGUCCGCGGUGGCUCCAGCUGGGGGACAUAAGGAAAGCACCUUUCCAGGUUGCGGGCUUCCCCCCGCCCCCCACUUCCCCACCUGCCAGGGUCCCCACAAGGCCUGGCUUCCUCAAAGCUGCCCCAUCCUGAUUGGCACAGGCCUGAGGUGUGAGGCCCAAGGCCUUCGGGGUCAUUCUCCCCCCCCCAUCAGCAAGGAAGGGACUCCCACUCACCCUGAGGCAUAAGGGAUUCACCGGCAAGCCCCAGUAGGUACACUGGUGGUUUAUAAGACUAUCCAAAGGAAUGAAGCUCUAACCAUGGGAUUUCAGACCAGCCCAGGAGGGAAAUCUUUGGGGACCGUGGCAGGAAGGCCCAAACCGCAGCCGCACCUCAAGGCGCCAUCCCAUGAGGCCAGAGCUCUAGAGCUCUGGGACCCCCGCCCUGCCACCCGCAGGCUCUCUGAGCGCUGGUCCCUGUUCCAGCCACGGACAGGGGAGGACCACACUCCCGCAGCAAGGCCCCUCUGGCCCGUCCCUGUGUCCCUGUCGUCGCUGUCGCUAAGCAACAGGAGGGCUUUGGAGAGAAUUCCAUACAUUUUUAAAUACAUUUGAAGAGCGAAACA